CAGAUAUUUCGUUAACAAAACUUUGAGAGAAAAACAUGUGGUCAUAAAACAUACAACACUUUGGCCAAAAACCACCAUGUGAGAGGCUCGAGAAGGCAGCAGCUUUCUGCACUGGCUGUGCAACAUUUUCUGCCACAUCUGUAUUCCUUCAUGGAAAUUUAUAAAUAUGUAUUUUAACAGACAUGAAAUAAAUGUAAUAAUCUUUUUUUUUUUUUUUAAAUCAUAUCUAUCCCUUGGUCUUCAUUAUCUGAUUCAAACAACAUGCAUGUUUCUUUAUCAACAUACGUGUCAUGUACGGAGGAUCCUGUCUAUCUUCUAACGGGAAAGAACAAUGUUGUGUGGCGUGGGUAGUGGAUGAGUGAUGAGUUGGCAGGAUCUUGGACUGGACUUGGUGGUAAUGGAAGGAAUUUUGUUGGAGAGGGGCAUAUUUUCUAAAAGGAGUUUGUAGUUCUAUCCACUUGGGUCCGAUAAUGCCCACACCUUCUUUGUUAGUUUUUUUGUUGGCUCUCCACCUUUUCCGUUGAUGAGAUCCUCUCAAGGUAACCCUCUUCUCCUGCAGAAUCUAUCUUACCGCACGUAUAUCUUCCUUUGCUGUUUCUUUCUCUCCUUUAACUUUGCUCUACCGCCUAUUAUUCUAUGCUGGGUCAACAAUUUUCAUUUGUGUCUGCUGUUUGUAUCUGAUUUUCAACUGAACUUUUGGUUUCUUUAUUUGGAGGUGGGUUGGUUAUGGUCACAUGAAAACUUUUGCUUAGGGUAGCAAACUCCUGUUUUCUUGUUAGUCCGGUUUUUGGUUUUCGGCCAAAAAUUUCUGAUUUUGUCAAGUGGAUUGGUUUUGGGUACUUCUAAAUGUGUGUUUUCCCACCAAUCCUUCUUGUGUGGGUUGAAGGAUUUUCAAUGAGGAUAUUUGUUUCUUUGGUGUGGGUUGAUCUUGGGCAGUUAUAAAGUUGUGAAUUCUUCAGAACAUGACUGAUUUUGCUACAUGGUUGGUCCAUUUUAUAGUUUUUGAUGGUUGAAUUUAUCCCAAAAAUUUCGUUUUGGAAGUAGGUUUAUCCCAAGUACUUGUGGAGAGUUGUAUUUAGCGGACCAAGCAUUCCAGGUGUUUGUGUGGAAAGAAUAGGAAAUGGGAUUUUGUUGUGAAGUUGGUGAAUGGAUUUGUUUUUGUCAGUGGAGAUAGUGUGAAAACAGAGGAUGAGAGGGAGAAAAGAUGAGGAAAAGUUGGUAAGUCCUAUGUUUCCUAGACUUCAUGUAAAUGAUACAGAGAAAGGAGGGCCAAGAGCACCUCCAAGGAACAAAAUGGCUCUCUAUGAACAGUUCAGUAUUCCUUCUCAAGGGUUUACCUCUGGAUCAGCAUCCAUGUUGCCUAUUUUGCCCAGUAACGGCAGCAGCUUGACUCCUUUGAUGUCCUCGAGUUAUGUUGGUGCACACCAAAGGAGUAUGUUUACUCCGUUCGGCAACUCCCCUUCACCUUCUCAUCUGGCAGAGAAGCUUAAUUCGUAUUCUUUCAGCGGAGUUAAGUCGAACACUGUGAUGGCAAAUCAUGAGCAGAAUUCCACGAAACCUACAAGUUAUCGAAGUUUUAAUGCCACAGGGUUGUCAUCAUCAACUUUGAAAUGCGAAUCAAGUCAGUCAUACAAUUUCUCCAACUUUAAGAACUUAUCUUCGAAGAAGCUUGGAGAUGAGGAUGGUAGAGUUCCUACUACUGGUCAAGGAAUAACUCCACAUUGUGACAACUCUCAGUACAGAAGAGGUAGGGAAAAACCCCCUCGCUUGAGCUUAAGCUCUUUGGUGAAACAUCAAAAUGUUUGUGACAAGAAUAUAAAUGGUGAUGGCACCAUAGAUCUAAAUUCAAUAGGAUUUUUGAGGAAGCAAACAGGAGAAGAUUCAAAAGUGUCUCCUAGUAAUCAGGACCCUGUGGAAAGGUCUGCUUCAAUCACGUCAUCUAGAAAUAAUUUGGUUGAUACAUCCUCAAUCCCAUCAACUAAAGUUAAAAAUUCUGAAUCAUUAAAGAGAAAACUUGCAUCAUCCGAUCGAGAAAAUAGAAGCAGUUCAGUAGAUAAUUUGAACAGGUUGCAAGGUACCAAUGCACAGUCGCAACAAGCGUAUGUGGCUGUGAAAGACAGAACAGCUGCCAGAGAUGAUAUGGUAGUACCCAGAAUAGGUGUUCCCAUGGAAAAUGCUUCAAAGCUGAGAAGCAAAUCAUGUUCAAGGCCAUCACUUGGAGAUGAUUAUAGAAGUCUUAAUGUGUUCGUAAGUGGCAGUGAGUGUUGUGAAGACAAGAGAUGUGGAUCUGUACAAGUGGUAGACAGACAUGACAAUGUCUCGGAUGCCGACAUGGUGGAAACUAUGUUGGCUGUGGAUAUUUCUCCUGAUGAUGUUGUUGGAGUGAUAGGUGAGAAACUAUUCUGGAAAGCCAGAAGCGCUAUUGUCAAUCAACAAAGAGUGUUCGCACUGCAAGUGUUUGAGUUGCAUAGACUGAUUAAGUUAUAUUACUCCUUCCAAAUGAAACAGGUACAAAGAAUGAUGGCUGGGUCACCGCAACUAUUGCUUGAAGAUAACCUUUAUUUGGGCAAGCGUUCAACAAAAGUAUCUCCUCCAGUUAAGAAGUUGGUGUCUGAGUAUGUUGCAGAACCACCAGCUCCCCUGAUUGUUAAAGCCAAUGAUGAUUCUAUGAAGUCAAACCCCAAAGAUGAUGAAUAUACAGAUGAAAGUGCAGUUGGAAAGUUUCCCCUUCCUUUUGUCAAUUAUGAUAACAGCAAGGGACUUGCUACCCACCAAUCAAAUGAUGGGCUUCAUUUAGCAAAUCCAGCUUUAACUCCUUUGACCACCAGCACCAAACCAGCCCCAUGGUGUUUCCACCCACCACCAGGAAACCAGUGGUUAGUCCCUGCAAUGUCUCCAUCUGAAGGACUUGUUUACAAGCCCUACACGGGGCCAUGUCUUCCAACUUCAGCUUUCAUGUUAAACACUGUUUAUAGUGUUCCGGCUCCCAUUCUUCCGGGCACGCCUCCUUUAGGCCAGACAUACUUUUCACUGUAUGGUCUCCCAGUCAUGAAUCAAUCUGUAUCCAGUUCAGGUGUCGAGGAAACGAGCCCGUUUGCUGGAGCUCAGUCGAAUAGACCGGACAAUCAGUUGAUGAUUGGGGACAUCAACUUCACCAUACCCCAGCAAAGCUCAUGUAACAUGUCCAGCGAGGUAACUCGAGUAAUCUCAUGUCAUGCUGGCAAGUUCCCAGCAUCAAAAGAGAGUGAGUUACAGGGAAGUGCAGCAAGUAGCCCCUCUUACAGGGCUAAAGGAGAUGAUGCACUUCCUCUUUUUCCUACAACACCCACAGCUCACGCAUUAAUGGAUCAAAAUGUGCAAACUAGUGAGAAUCGGACACAAGUUAUUAAGGUUGUACCUCAUAAUCCAAGAUCAGCAACUGAAUCAGCAUUCCGGAUUUUUCGGUCAAUACAGGAAGAGAGGAAACAAUUAUGAUUAGUAGUUGGCGGGAAUCAACUAUUUUGUCAUACUCCUUUGAGAAUUUUGUAUCUGUAAAUCAUCUUGUUUAUGAUCACACAUGUUAAUAUUGUAAAUAUAUUUUUGAAAGGUUGAAAAACAAUCUUUUUUGCCUUGUUA